AUGCCACCCUCACUCUCGCUGCAUAUAGCUGCUGGCGUUGCUCUGCGGUUGUUUCUCUUCUACGCUACUUCUCUGCCAUCGCUGCUGGAGUUCCGCUUGGAGCUGUCUACGCCCUUCACUUCAAUCGUCGGAGUCAAGGAGGCGCUGGCCAUUGGGAGCUACGAGAAGCACUCGCCGCUUCUCCUCGCUCUCCUGCACCACCUCGACCAUCCGCUCUUCUGGAUAUCGCUCGACGCAACCACUGCAUAUGCCGUUUCGAAACUGUCGAGGCCAUGUGCGGCGGUGUACAUGCACAACCCGCUCACGCUGCUCACCACAGUUGCCCGCUCCUCCGUCUCGCUGCAGAAUGCGCUCGUUCUUUGUGCUGUCUCGCUGGCUCACCGUGGCAGAGCACUACCGGCACUAACUUUCCUCUCGCUUGCGGGUGCAUUGUUCAUGUACCCCGCUGCUCUCCUGCCUCCCCUCAUAAUGGUAUUGCUGAGGCGUGAGUGUGUGCUUGGUACCGCACGGCUGCUCUCGAUCUUCCUCGCUACGACCACCGCUGCUGUCUCGCUCAGUCGCUACAUCGCCGCUGACUGGACGUUCCUCUCGCUUUACACCUCACUCGUACGUGUCGACGACCUUACACCUAACACGGGUGUCUUCUGGUACCUGCUUGUGGAAAUGUUUGAGCAAUUCAAGGGGUUCUUCACGCUGGUCCUGCAGCUGCAUACUGUGGUGUAUGUACUGCCCGUGUGUAUUUUUCUGAGCCACAGACCUCUGCUCGCUUACACCUUCCUUGCCGGCACUCUCGCCAUCUUCAAGUCAUAUCCGUGUAUCGGGGAUGUGGGGGUAUUUGUCACGUUGCUUCCGCUCUUCAGCGACCUCUUUCAACACGCCCGCCACCCCGUCUUCGUCGUCGCGCUCACCGCCACUGCGGCAGGCCUGCUGCCCCUGUUCAGAUACCUCUGGCUGCGCGUCGUCACGGGAAAUGCCAAUUUCUACUACGCUAGCACACUUCUCUGGACUUUUAGCAAUGGGUUGGUCCUCACCGAGUUGCUCUAUGCCGAGGCCAGACGCGUCUUUGUGGAUCGCACCGCACAUGAGAAAAUAGAUGUCUCCAAGUAUGACAUACGGCAGGUGUGA